GAGUGGUAUCAACCUCAACACGCCUUCACAUUUAUCCAUACUGUGACAUUAUGCUCUGCCAGACCCGCGCUUCUGUGCUCUCUCGCCCCAUUGCUGCUCGCCGCAACCUGUGCGUCCGCACCAUGGCCUCCAAGGAUAACUUCACGGCAGAGACUAAGAUCAAGAUCCGUCUUGACGCCAGCGCCAACGGCUGCAGCGGCAUGUUCUGGCGCUCCAAGCCCGACAUGAACGCCAGCGUGUCGGCGCCCGACUGGCCGCGCAACGGCGCCGUGUUCCUGGGCUGGAAGAGCCAGGAGCACCCCGGCUGGGUCAAGGUGGACCACGAGAAGGGCUACUGGAUGCCCAUCGAGCAGCACGGCAAGCCGGUCUGCCACUUCGACGCCAAGUAAACGGGAGUGGAGCAGGACGUAAUGAGGCGCGGGCAUGGCUCGGUGUGACUAGACCUGGUGUGGUGUGAGCAACGCACGGUGCUAGGUGCAGGGCGCGCAUAGUGUUUUGGGGCGGGUCGAGUGUGUAUGUGUGUAAAACGAUACCGGCACAGCUGAGCACGCAACUUCGUCGGCUGCGCUGUGUGUAGUCCAGGAGGACAGAACGCGCCUGGCGGGCCAGGCACGCCAAUGAUGACACUACUAGGCAUGGGGUUGCGUUGAUGCUGUAAUUAAUCAUGCGGCGGGUUUGGGCCGGAAUCGGGCCUUGAUGUUGCCUGGGUAUUCCGGUCACGAUCUUUCCGGACGCAUGAUGGCACUUGAGAGAGCAUUGCUGACCGCUUGUUGAUGGCCGUUCAAGGGCUACCCCGCCGGCCCGGGCGCCCGGUUUCCACAAGGCAGGAAGGCGCACAACGAACUUGUGCACCUCGUACGCACCACGAAGAUGUGCACCGCCUUGUAACCACACCCGCUUGCAGCGGCGGUGGGUGGUGAGGCGGCAAGGUCAAUCGGGGAAAGCGGCUGAU